AUGGUCUGGUACAAACAGACUGGGGUGCAGAUUCUCAACAUUGCGGUACAGAGUCCACUCAUGGAAGCCAUCAUUUCAUCUGAGUACAAUAAGUCACACUUGAAGCUAGAGAGGACUAAGACCAACAUUUCCUUCUCUAUUCUACAUGCUGCUAAAGACGACGGAGGACUUUACUUCUGUGGUGUAGUUCUGAUGAAAACCACUGAGUUUUCCACUGGAACCUUUUUAGCUGUGACAGGCAAUCCAGAAUUAACCAUAUCGGUGGUCCAAAGUCCAGUGUUGGGGAGGGUUCCCCCAGGAGAGUCGGUGUCUCUGCAGUGCACCGUCCUCUCUGAGAGGAGAACAGCAGAACUCCGAGUGCUCUGGUUCAGAGCUGCUGCAGGAGACUCCCAUCCUGAAAUCAUUUACACUCAUCACAACAGCAGCCAUCAGUGUGAGAUCAGCUCUUCUCCACACAGCUGUGUGUACAACCUCUCCAAGAGUGUCCUCAUCCUCUCUGAUACUCUAAGUGCUUACUACUGUGCUGUGGCCACCUGUGGUGAGAUCCUUCUUGGAAAUGGAACAACAUUGAGUCUGAUGAGACCUCAACAAGACACUUCAAAAAAGAAACCCACCAGUCAGGACCACGAUGUUGAGGAGCUGAAUUAUGCUGGCAAAAAAAUUCAGUGAGAGGAAAGCCAGACGAGGGCAGGAGAAGAGAGGACAGCCUGAACACAGCGUGUACUCUGAAGUGCUGUACUCGACUGUUACUGGCCACAAACUAGUUCAUUAGCUCUCUGUCACUCGUUCCCCAGGUACGCACAGUUUGGGGAAAUUCUGCCGCCCAUGUACAGCACACCAUUAGCAGCAUGUGAGGCCUCUCUGAAGGAGAGCUCUUAUAGGACAGUUUAGAAGAUGACACGAGGAGUUCAAAGUUCAAAGUUUAUUUGUCACAUACAGUCAUACACAGUAUAACUGGCAGUGAAAUGCUUUUUUGUGACUGC